UGAUUUCUUGUCUUUGAUUUUCUGAUUGUUAUAGAUGGAACAAUCACAAAGUAACUCACAGCCACAAGAUAAUGCUGCUCAAAAUUCUCAAACUGGUUCCUCUAGAGGUAAAUCUGAUCCAGCUUGGCAGUAUUUUACAGUGAAGUAUGACAAAAAUAACAAGGCUCAAUAUACAUGUAUUUUCUGCUUGAAUACUUACAAUGGAGGGGGGAUAUAUUCAAAGAGGAGGAACCGAUUAGAGCAUCAAAGGCUAAGUGACAUUGUUUAUGUCACUUAUAAUCUACGCCUUCAAUCUAGAAUGCAUUGCAAGAAGAAGAAUUAUGAUCCAAUUGACAUUCAAAGCAUUGACACAGUAGAUUUUUGGGUAAUGCCGGAUGAAGAUGAUCCUGAAUUUACUAAUGGAGACAUCGAAGGCAUUGAAAAUUUAAUUUAUACGGAUAAUGCUAUGCCUUCAUAUCCUACAGACGGAGGAGAUGUGGAACUUGAUGUGGAUUUUCCUAAUGUUGCUGAUUCUUCAAAUACAGUUUCUUUUGGUGGUACUUCUGAUGAUGGUGGCUUUGGAUUACCUGUUUAUGAUGGAGAUGUUGGAACACUUAAUGAUAAUUAUGAUUUUUGAUGAGUUGCACCUUUGAUUAGUUGAAAACUUGCUAGUAAUUGUAUCUUUUGAAUGUAGAACAUUAUGGGUUUGUCAUUAUGUACGUUUUAUUUUUUGUUUAGUUAUAAACUUUGAUGUUUGAA